AUGGAGUCAGAGAUGUCUGGUGGCUCUGACAGCUAUCGUGUCGCCACCUCGCAGGACAAGAAAGAUGACAAGGGCUCGCCCAAGAAGAGCAAGGGCACCAAAGACCGCAGGGACCUGGAUGACCUCAAGAAGGAGGUGGCUAUGACAGAGCACAAGAUGUCCGUGGAAGAGGUCUGCCGGAAAUACAACACAGACUGCGUGCAGGGUCUGACCCACAGCAAAGCCCAGGAGAUCCUGGCCCGGGAUGGGCCUAACGCACUCACACCACCACCCACCACCCCAGAAUGGGUCAAGUUCUGCCGCCAGCUCUUUGGGGGCUUCUCAAUCCUGCUGUGGAUCGGAGCCAUCCUCUGCUUCCUGGCCUAUGGCAUCCAGGCCGGCACAGAGGACGAUCCCUCUGGCGACAACCUGUACCUGGGCAUCGUGCUGGCAGCCGUGGUCAUCAUCACCGGCUGCUUCUCCUACUACCAGGAGGCCAAGAGCUCCAAGAUCAUGGAGUCCUUCAAGAACAUGGUUCCCCAGCAAGCCCUGGUGAUCCGGGAGGGUGAGAAGAUGCAGGUGAACGCUGAGGAGGUGGUGGUCGGGGACCUGGUGGAGAUCAAGGGUGGAGACCGAGUCCCGGCCGACCUGCGAAUCAUCUCGGCCCACGGUUGCAAGGUGGACAACUCCUCCCUGACUGGCGAAUCAGAGCCCCAGACCCGCUCUCCCGACUGCACACACGACAACCCCUUGGAGACUCGGAACAUCACCUUCUUUUCCACCAACUGCGUGGAAGGCACGGCUCGAGGUGUGGUGGUGGCCACGGGUGACCGCACCGUCAUGGGCCGCAUUGCCACCCUGGCUUCGGGGCUGGAGGUGGGCAAGACGCCCAUCGCCAUUGAGAUAGAGCACUUCAUCCAGCUCAUCACCGGCGUGGCUGUCUUCCUGGGCGUCUCUUUCUUCAUCCUGUCCCUCAUCCUCGGAUACACCUGGCUUGAGGCUGUCAUCUUCCUCAUCGGCAUCAUCGUGGCCAAUGUCCCGGAGGGCCUGCUGGCCACUGUCACUGUGUGUCUGACGCUGACCGCCAAGCGCAUGGCUCGGAAGAACUGCCUUGUGAAAAACCUGGAGGCCGUGGAGACCCUGGGCUCCACAUCCACCAUUUGCUCGGACAAGACGGGGACCCUCACCCAGAACCGCAUGACGGUUGCCCACAUGUGGUUUGACAACCAGAUCCAUGAGGCUGACACCACUGAGGACCAGUCAGGGACCUCGUUCGACAAGAGCUCGCACACCUGGGUAGCCCUGUCCCACAUUGCCGGACUCUGCAACCGUGCCGUCUUCAAGGGAGGUCAGGACAACAUCCCCGUGCUCAAGAGGGACGUGGCCGGGGAUGCCUCAGAGUCUGCCCUGCUCAAGUGCAUCGAGUUGUCCUCUGGCUCCGUGAAGCUCAUGCGUGAACGGAACAAGAAAGUGGCCGAGAUUCCCUUCAAUUCUACCAACAAAUACCAGGUACUCUGGGCCGCCCGGGAGAGCGAGCCUGGGCCGCAGUCUCUAACGCCUAUAGGUGGUCACCCCUGCCCCGCUGCCCCCUCGUUUUGGCUCUCCAUCCACGAGACCGAGGACCCCAACGACAACCGAUACCUGCUGGUGAUGAAGGGCGCCCCCGAGCGCAUCCUGGACCGCUGUUCCACCAUCCUGCUGCAGGGCAAGGAACAGCCACUGGACGAGGAGAUGAAGGAGGCCUUCCAGAAUGCCUACCUCGAGCUCGGCGGCCUGGGCGAACGAGUGCUUGGUGCGCUCCACGGGUGGGGCUGA